AUUUUCAAUUUAAUGGCAACAGGUUUCAAUUUAUAUGUUAUUUAAAGGUGGUCAAAUUUUAAGAUAUAAUGGUGGCACAUGUUAUGCUAUGUGUUAAGAUGUAUUUUCAUGGUACAAUCCAUCAAUUUAAAUUUGUUGGAAGGGAUGUGAUUAUGCUACUGGAAGAGUUAAUGAUCCAGUAUUGAGAUAGGAAGCAGAAGAUAUGUGCAAAAGAUAUACCGCAGAAGCUAUGUGGACUAAAAAAGGAGAAUUAGGUAAAAUAUAUUAAAUAUAUUUUAUUAUUUAGAUAAUAUUGAAGAUCUAAGAAUACAUGCUGAUAUGUUCCCAGAAAACCCAAGAAAUAUUUAUAGAGCAUGCUUAGCAGGUGUUCGUAGAUAAAAAUAUUGAAAUAAUAAAAUAA